AUGCGCAGGGAGGGUCCGUUCGUCGGUGAGCGACCAGACGCCGCCUCGCCCUCCAACCGUGGACCCAUGAUUCUAACGGGUCCCAUCGCUGGAGAUCGUCCGGUUGUGUUCCGCGUUUCGGGAAGGACGGAGCUGAAUGGACCUGACCUGCUUAUUCAGCACCGGCUGCUCCAGCCGUGGCAGUUUGUCAACCACAUUCCGCGAGCCAACUCCAUCUGUCGGAAGGACUGUCUGGCGAGGCACCUGCAGAGGAUGAACAAGGUCUACGGCAACAUCUACAACUACAGUCCACAGACGUACAACCUGCCGCUCGACUACACCAAACUGGUGGCCGAGUACACGCGCAUUCUGGAGGAGGGCGACAAGGCCACCUGGAUCUGCAAGCCGGUCGGCGCCAGCCAGGGCAAGGGCAUCACCAUAUUCUCGGAGCUGUCCACGCUGCAGUACGACUCGAACGCUGUGGUGCAGCGCUACAUCCACAAUCCGCUGCUGAUCGCCGGCUACAAGUUCGACCUGCGCAUCUACGCCUGCAUACCCUCCUACCACCCGCUUACAGUCUACCUCUACGAGGAGGGGCUGGCCAGGUGA